AUGGAAUAUUCUUUUCGCUCUAUACGAAUCUUUAGCCGGCUUCUGAGAAAACCUGGCGGGUUUGUAAAUCAUAAAUAUGCUUCUAACGCUGCUGUGAAAGAAGAACCCAAUACAGAGUUAUUGACGUCUUUCAAUCAAGAUACUAAAGCCGGAGGUGUAGUGCCUGUAUUUAGACGAGCCCUGCUUUUCCCGACACGAAUUGCACUACAAGAUGACAUUGGCAUUUAUACAUAUGCUGGAUUACACCAGGCUGCAACAACACUCAGCAAGGAAAUUGCUGCACAACUUUUGGGCGACACAGAGCGCACCAUCGCCUAUAUGUGCGGAAACGACGCGUCCCACGUUAUUGUACAGUGGGCUAUAUGGAUGACAGGAAAUAUAGCCGUCCCACUAACGUCUCUCCACCCGCCUGACAUGCUCAAGUACUUCGUCACGGACAGCAACGCGAGCCUCGUGGUGUGCACGCAGGAGUACGAGAAGUUGCUGAGGCCGAUCGCCGCGGAGGUUUCCAGGCCGCUGCUGGUCACCAGCAGGGACAAGGAGGUCACUGCUCAGCUGUACCAGCCGAACACGUCGUUCAUGAAGCCGAAGAUCGAGGAGGCGUUGAGCGAUGUCGGCAAGACCAACAUGUGGUACGGGAAUUCGGACGCAAUGCUUAUUUACACCAGCGGGACCACCAGUAAGCCGAAGGGCGUGGUGUGGAGUCACAGCAUGCUCAGCACCCAGAUAGCGGCCCUGCACUCCGCCUGGCGUUACUCGGCCAACGAUGUGGUGCUGCACACCUUGCCCUUGCACCAUAUACAUGGCCAGCUGAACUCGCUGAACGCAUCCCUCGCCGCUGGCGCCCGCGUCCGCACGCUGCCCGCGUUCGUGGCGCACGCGGUGUGGUCGCGGCUGCUGGGCAUGGGCGAGCGCGAGGAGGCGCGCGUCUCCGUGGUGCACGGCGUGCCGGCGAUGUACGCGCGCCUCGUGGCGGCGCACGGCGCGAUGUUCGCCGCGUGCGCGCGCACCGCCGCCCACGUGCGCCACGCGCUCGCCGCGCGCCUACGCCUCGCGUGCGCCGGCUCCGCGCCGCUCUCCGACGCGCUGGCGCGCGACUGGGAGGAGAUAUCGGGCGUGCGGCUGCUCGAGCGCUACGGGAUGUCCGAGGUGGGGAUGGCGCUGAGCAACCCGUACGUGCCGGCGGAGGGGCGCAGCCCCGGCUUCGUGGGGCGCCCCCUGCCCGGGGUGGCCGCGCGGAUCGCCACGGGGGAGGCCCUGGAGCCCCUCGUCACCGUAGAGACGCCCCCGCCGGACACCCAGAUAUCGCUCGACAGACUCGGACUGGGCGGCUGUAAAGAUUUCUUCAGCGGUGACGACAAGGAAUGGAAGCAGUCGACGGUCACCUUUCAUAGGGACAGCGAGAACGGCGAGUACCAAGGGGAACUGCUGCUCAAAGGGCCAGCCGUCUUUAGCAGAUACUGGAACCGCACGCCGCAGCUGAACGCGGCGGAGUUCACGCGCGACGGCUGGUUCCGCACCGGCGACACGGCCUCCUACUCGGGCGGGCGGUUCGCCAUACUGGGGCGCACCUCGGUGGACAUCAUCAAGGCGUCCGGCUACAAAGUGAGCGCGCUGCAGGUGGAGGCCGCGCUGAUGGAGCACCCCGCGGUGGCGGACGUUGCCGUUCUGGGCGUGCACGCACGGAGACUACGGCGAGAUGGUUUCUGCCGUGAUAGUCCUGAAAGACAAUGCCAAGACCAGAUGCCCAGGAACGCCAUGGGCAAGCUUGACAAGAAAGAGAUCAAAAGGCUCUACAGCGAGAGGCUUCAGACCGAGAGCUCU